AUGGAAACGUUUUCGACCGACUCCCAAACCCGAUUGGCGCAACGCGUUCAAUUACCCAAUGCCCAUUUGCCAAAGCGUGCACACGGAAACGAAGUAACGAUGAAAAAUCGUGACCCGAAACGCUGUUAUUGCGAACCCUUGGGACCUUUUGACUUCCUAGUGCCAGCAGAUAUGGACUUUGGAAGACACGCCGUGUUGGAAUCACGAGCCGUGAUCGUGUUUCGAUGCUGGGAUGCUGAGUUUUUGAUCAACGAUUGAUCCUUUGUCUGGUUUUCCGUCGUGGGUGUUUUUUAUUUUUUCGGAAUACGUUUAAAAAGUUGUAACCCCC